CAACAUAAAAAUGAUGCUUGGUUCCUCCCAUGUCUUACAACUGCGAAAGGUUUUCCCAGAAGAAGGUGAAAGAUGUCAGGACUUAAACUGACGUUGAUUGUCUGUUUGGGACUUUUGGUCACGUUACAACUCACAUCAGGACAAUGGGGACCAAUUCGUUUUCAAAAUGGCCUAGGCGGAGCCGGUGCAGGGAGAUGGGUAGGCAAUAGUGCACAGGCAGGAUGGGGAGGCAACCCUGGACAAUCUGGAACGGGAGGAUCGGGUGGAUCAGGAGGACCAGGAGCAUCAGCAGGACAAUCUGGUACGGGGUGGGGACGCCCAGGAUCACCUGCUUCAUUUGCAACAAAUGGCAACGCUGUCAGAACCGCAGGAAUUGGGAUCGGAGUCCCUGGCCCAAACCAAGUUUUGCCCUCUGGUUUUCCCCCUGGCUUUACCCCUGGCUUUACCCCUGGCUUUACCCCUGGUUUUACCCCUGGCUUAACCCCUGGCUUUACCCCAGGUUUUACCCCUCGUUUAGGUGGAGUCGGUGGAAUCGGUGGAAUCGGUGGAAUCGCUGGCAACCCAGGCGUUGUAAAUCCCAUGGCUGGAAAUGCUAAUCCAGCAACUACAGCUGUGUGUACGUCAAUGGACACUGCUGGGACUGGGGUCACAUUCACUGCUACUAUUCGAAGGACACUCGUUAAUAUUUUCCUUGGAUUCCAAACGGAACUAGUUGUGGACAUCACGACUGGCGCGGCUGCCUCUGGAACGGCCAACAUCGUUCUGACAUCUCUUGGGGGUGGAAGUAAUACGGGUGGAUGCAGUGCUGCUAACCUUGGGACUAUUCUCCAGAGGGGGAACUUCGACCCAUUUUUCAACCUUGGAACCAACAAUGGUGUCUUAGAAACAUUGACCCUCCAACCUAGCCAAACCGUGCCGACGAAAACAUUCAGAACUCUCCCCAUCUCAUCUUUACAAGAGGCCUUUGGAAUAUCCAUUGCCCUGUGUACCGGGGUCGAACAAGAUUCCACCUCAAAUUCGGUAGUUUUUGGAUUGAACUCCCUAUUCCAACCGCGAAACUUCCGAUGCACAGGAACCGCACAGGCCUGUUGCACAUUUGGCCGAUUCACAGGUGACGCCCAAUAAAAGAAGACGUUAACAUACUGUAUAUGUGGUCGCCCGUUGACCUCAAUCGUCACCGUAUGUCACUUCCGGAUAAUCGACAGACUGUCCAAUGCAAUCCCAUGGCGUAAUACAGCUCUACGAACAAA